AUGGCUUUUCGAGGGAGUUCGGAUAAACUGUUUACGCCUCAAAACGGCAAACUCUUAGGACUAAUACAGAUGCUUGCAAAAUUCGAUCCUGUGAUGCAAAAGCAUUUAGCACUUGCAAUAAAAGGUGACACUUCAGACCAUUAUUGCGGGAAAAAUAUUCAAAAUGAGUUAAUAGAUUUAAUGUCUCAAAAGGUUAAUGAUGAAAUAAUAAACCGAGUCUUGAAAGCCGUUUACUAUUCAAUCAUUGCUGAUUGUACACCUGAUAUUUCUAGAAAAGAACAACUUUCUCUUACUAUUCGAAUUGUGGACUUGUCAUUAGACAUUAGAGUGGAAAUUAAAGAGUACUUUUUAGGAUUCUUUUCUGUUUCUGAUUCUACAGGCUUAGGACUUAUUGAGGUUUUAAUCGAGUUGCUAACUAAGCAUGGACUUGAAAUCUCUAACUGCAGAGGUCAAGGGUAUGAUAAUGGAUCAAAUAUGAAAAGAAAGAUUAAUGGUGUACAAAAAAGGAUUUUAAAUCUUAAUCCUUUAGCAUUGUAUGUUCCUUACGGCAACCAUAGCUUAAAUUUGGUAAUAAGUGACUCUGCACGGUCUUCAGUAAAACCUAUAGCUUUUUUCGGUAUUCUUCAGAGAUUGUUUACUCUAUUCUCAGCUUCAGUGAGCCGAUGGAAAAUUUUAAUUGAUCAUGUUAAAAUUUUGCAUUUAAAGAAACUCUGUGACACGCGGUGGGAAGCAAAAAUAAGUAGUGUUAAAGCCGUUUGUUAUCAAGUUGGUGAUGUACAUGACGCUUUGAUAGCAUUGUCAGAAAUUGAAGGAUGUAAUCCUGAAACUGCACAUGAAGCGAUAACUCUAGGAGAGCAAUUAAAAGAUUUUAGCUUUCUUGUCUCUUUAAUUGUCUGGUAUGACGCUCUUUUUCAAGUCAAUAUUGUUAGUAAAACUCUUCAAGAAAAAGACAUGGACAUCACUCAAUGUGCAAAGUUAUUGAAAAGCUGUUGUUCAUUUUUAGAAAACUAUAGAAAAUGUGGUUUUAAAGAUGCAAUUAUAAAAGCAAAGGAUUUGGCUAUAGAAUUACAAGUGGAGCCUGUUUUUAAACCACUUAAAAGAAUAAUACGAGUGAAACGCCAUUCUGACGAACCAGCCCAAGAUGGGAUUUAUUUAUUUUCUCCUGAAAAAAAAUUAGAAGUCGAUUUCUUCAAUCCUCUUUUAGACACAUUUUUAAUUUCAAUAAGAGAAAGAUUUAUACAGUUGGAGAAUUAUUCCGAAGUUUGGGGUUUUUUGUAUAAUCUCGAUAGUUUGCAAAAAAGAGAAGAAAUUCUAAAAUCAUGUUUAGCUCUUCAAAGUAAACUUACCGUAAAUCUAAAAUCGGACAUUAAUGGUAUUCUCCUUUGCAAUGAACUGAUGAGCAUUAAACCUUUUCUUUCUGAAAUGGUCAAGGAUAAAAUUACUCCUAUUAUUGUUUUAAACUUUAUAAAACAGCACAAAAUGCAAGAUUUGUAUCCAAACACAUGGAUUGCAAUGCGAAUUUUGCUAACAAUACCUGUCACUGUAGCGAGUGGAGAAAGAAGCUUUUCCAAAAUGAAACUAAUAAAAACCUAUCUGCGGUCAACAAUGUCGCAGGAUAGACUUUCAAGUUUAGGAACCCUAUCGAUUGAAAAGAAUAUUGCUGAAUUGAUUUUUCAACCCUAA